AUGGUUUCUCAAAAAAUUUUGACGCUGGUCUAUUUUUUGACCUUCCUUUUAUUAUUUCCAAAUCAUUCCCUAUCUUCGCCAACUCUUGAUGAAAGAAAUAAAGGUGGCAAAGAAAGAAUUUAUAACCUUACUAUCACUAAAGGUCCUAGUUCUCCUGAUGGCUUCAAACGAGAUAUAUAUCUCAUAAAUGGCAGAUUUCCUGGUCCUCUUAUUGAAGCUGAUAAAGAUGAUACCAUUGUAAUUAAUGUGAAGAAUGAAUUAUGUGAAGAUACUACUGUUCAUUCUCAUGGAAUCUUUCAACGUGGUACUCCUUGGUUUGAUGGUGUUCCCGGUCAAACUCAAUGUGGUAUUCCACCCAAUGAAACUUUCACUUAUAAAUAUAAAGUUUGUCAAAGUGGAACCUAUUGGUAUCAUUCUCACUCAAGAGCUCAAUAUAUUGAAGGAUUUGUUGGUCCUCUUGUAAUCCAUGAUCCUGAAGAUCCUUAUUGUAAAGAAUAUGAUGAAGAAAUUAUCGUAUUAUUACAAGAUUGGUAUCAUAACAAUUCCAAAACUUUAUUAGCUACUUUCUUAUCUCCUGAAAGUGAAGGAAAUGAACCAAUUCCUGAUAAUGUCGAAGGAACAAUAACCAAGCGUCAUACUGUCCAUCGCCUCCCUAUCAAUAUAGCUCAACGUUAUUCAGUUAUAGUGACAGCUGAUAAACCUAAAAAAAAAUAUUGGAUGCGUUCAGAAAUGGAAGUCGGUUGUUUCCCUACAAAAUCCGAUACACUUAAUCCUCUUGUAAAAGCUGUUGUCUCUUAUGAUGGAUGUGAUGAUAAAUGUCCUUCUACAACUGCUUGGACUGAUAAAGUUGAAGAUUGUGUAGAUUUAGAUUCUAAUGAUCUAAAACCUUAUAAAUCUCAACAUAUUCCUGAUUGUACUAAGAAUGUUUCAAUUGUUGUUGAGUUCCAUCCUGAUGAUAAGAAUGUUACUCGAGGUUACAUAAACAAUUCAACAUAUAAAAUUGAUAUUAAAUAUCCUACUCUUAAUAAAGUUUUUGAUGGUAUAACGAAAUUUGAUGCUGAUCAAAAUGCUUUCGUAAUUGAAAAAAAUGAAGAUGGUGGUGAACAUCCGUUCCAUUUGCACGGUCAUGUAUUCUGGGUACUUGGUUCUGGUGGAAAUGGCACUAAACUAGAUUGUAGUAAAUUAAAUACCAUAGACCCGAUACAACGUGAUACUACAACUGUUCCUGCUAAUGGAUGGACCGUUCUCCGAUUUGUAGCAAAUAAUCCUGGUGUAUGGGGAUUCCAUUGUCACAUUGAGUGGCAUGUACAAUCUGGCUUAGUUGCUCAAUUCGUCGCUCAACCGGAUAAAAUUAAAAAGUUAAACCCACCUGAUGAAUGGAAAGCAUUAUGUCCUAAAUGUAAAAUAUACUAA